AUGCUGGGCGAGAGGUGCCUGCUGCAGUCGGUGCUGCAGGACCCCUCCGUGAUCGUGGUGCUGCUGUUCAUGCUGUCCGGCGCGGAGGCGGCCUCGGUGAUGGACGCGUACAGGCUGGUGCAGAUGGACGUCGACGGGGCAGCCCUGGGCUCGAGGUCCGUCAAGCUGAACCAGUACGCGACCGUCUACGCGCCCGACGCACAGAUGUUUCGCUCCAUUGUGAUAAUUCCGUUUGCCCAAGUUACGGAGCAAAUCGUCAAAGAUGUCAUCUCAAAGGACAAGGGCAUUGCAGGGAUCAUUUUCACCUUGCCACGUGACAUGGACACCAGACCAGUGGACGAUGAGGACCUUCAGAGGUUCCGACAGAUCGAAGAACUCCUUCUGUCUGUGUCCAUCGCCACCCCAGUGUACUUUGUGAUUGACAAUGACGACCUUGAAAACGUGGUCAAAGACAUCAAAGCAACACUCACCGGUGGUACUGCCCCAACUGCUGCUACAGGGGGUUAUCUCCUCGUCAUCAAGGGAAAAGGGGCUGAAGCCAACCCAAUCAAGAACCCUCAAGUGACAAACCUAUAUGGUAUGCUUUCUGGUGCAGAGGGAAUCAGGGCUGCACGAAGCAACGCCCCCACAAUCGCCAUCACUGCGCAUUACGACACCUUUGCUGCAGCACCAGGGCUUGCAGUGGGCAGCUCAGACAAUGGCAGUGGUGCCCUGGUGCUGCUGGCGCUUGCAAGGAUGUUCGGAACUUUGUAUGCUGCCCCAGAGUCGGUGCCCAACCCCAACAUCCUCUUCCUCUUGACUGGUGCGG